UUAGGAAAUUGUAUUGAAAUUGUAUUGUAAUGAUGUAGGCCUACUCAAUGUGUCAAGGAAAUAAAAUCACGCAAUAAAACAUAAAACAUAUUUGUCAUUCAAUUGUUUCUCAAUUAAUUACUAACGUUAGUAUAUAUUAUUAUCAUGAGAGAUGUAAUGUUGAUGUAAUCAUAGGCCUAUUCGUGAAUUAAUACUUUUCUUCACCGUGAUCAAGUUCAUACACACACACACACACACACUCCGCGUAUUGAUGGGGGCACGCGUGGACACACUUAGCCUAUACACACCCACACACUCCCAUGCACGGCCGGCCGGUUCGUUAAUCUUAAUGGUUUAACAAUAGACACAUCUGUUCAUCUUUUUAUUUCUAAAGAGAGAGAAGUACAUCUUCAUUUGUUACUUCAAACCGACAUAUGGAAUAGUUUUCAUUCGGAUUGGAGUUCUACAAUAAUCCUCUAUUAGGGAACUUUGUUGGGAUACCAUUUUUGCUUUAUUAUAUAAAAAUAGAGAAACAGCAUGAUGACAUUUGGUUCAAGAUAGGUGGUGAUUAUGAAAGACACGUGUGUGAAUAUAAGGUUUUGAAUACUGCAUGCACACUGUCUGGUCAAAUCACACACGCGCGCGCACCUCAUUGACGAGUGGGGAAUGAACCCGGAAGUUCACUUCAUUUGUUCUGCAUGACAUGUUAAGGAGGCUCCAGAACAAUAUUGGAUCAAUAGGUUUUUAUUUGUGUUUAAAUACAAUAGGCUCAAUAGGCUCCAUUGAACGUGUAAAUUAUAACCUAGUAAAUAAUAUUAAUUAAUUUGUGAUGUAAUUAUUUUAUUCCAGAGGGUGUGUGAGAGGGGGGUUUAUAACCAGCAGGUAUCUUAAUACCUCUGUUGUAACUUCCUUAAUAACUGACGUCAGAGCAGUGUGUGUGUGUGUGUGUGUGUGUGUGUGUGUGUGUGUUUGUGGUGGGAGGGGAUGGAAGGUCGCCCGUGCGCAUGUGUGUAUGUUCGGGAUCGGCAGCCGUGAAACGGAGGUGUGGAGAAACCGAGCAGCACGAGAAAAGCCACGGAGAGAGAGAUGGCGCAGGACCCAACCGGAACGCAAGGACAGGCGGGGGGGCUCGAGACACAACCGAGAGGAAGCAAAAAAUAUAAUGUAGUAUCAAUAAAACGAGUCUAAAAGGGAAAGAAAAUAUAUAAUCGGAGGAAAGAAAAUAAUCAACAAAGACAAGAGGAAGAAAACACCAGCCAUAAAAAGGAUACAAAAAACGUCCAUCAACCAGGAUUCAGGAGACAGAACAAACCACCACAACAAACCAACAGACUGGGAGGGAACUUUCCCGCCGUGAGGACUCUGGACUGUUCUGUGGACAUCCAUCCUUCUCCCAGGUCACAUAGAUGGUCGCCAAGCAUUAUGAACGCGCAACUGUCCAUGGAGAGCCUCGGCGACCUGAGCCAUGAGUCUGUGGCCGGUCCAGGAGAGCUGCUAGUCGGCCACAGCCCACACCCUCGCCCGGGUGGGGGCCGAGGGCUGGCGCACCGCUCCAUGGGCAUGACGAGCCUGCUAGACGGAGGAGAAUACCACUCCCAUCACGGACACAACACUGGACACCCCGGUCAUCACCUGCACCCCGCCAUGAGUAUGUGCGAGGCCCCCCCUGGAAUGAGCGCAAGCACCUACACCACCCUCACACCUCUCCAGGCUCCCCUACCCCCCAUCUCCACUGUAGCAGACAAGUUCUCUCAUCAUCACCAUCAUCAUCAUCAUCCACACCACCAUCCUCAUCAUCCUCAUAAUCAUCACCAGCGACUCCCUGGUAAUGUCACCGGCAGCUUUACGUUUAUGAGGGACGAGAGGGGGCUGGCGCCGAUCAACAACCUCUACUCCCCAUACCACCACAAAGACGCCCCUGGGAUGGGACAGAGCCUCUCCCCACUGUCUGGCUCUGGCCUGGCCGGCCUACACAGCUCCCAGGCCGGCCUGCCUCCCUAUGCCCACCCCGGGGUCUCAGCCUCCAUGCCGGGGGAGAAGAUGCAGUUGACUCCCGGUGGGUUCGAGGCUCAUCACCCCACCAUGCUGGCCAGACACGCCGACCAGCACCUCACCUCCUCGGGGAACAUGCUCCAUAUAAACGGCCUCCAUCACCACCACCCCCAUGCCCACCUCGGAGCCUCGGGGCACGUGCUGGGUCACGGGAACCCCCGGGACAACAACACCCAGAGCCACGCCUCAGGGCCCGGGGUUCAAGUCCAGGGGGUAGGUGGUGGUGGCGGUACCGACGGCAAUUCGACGGGUCAAAUGGAAGAAGUAAACACCAAAGAAGUAGCGCAGAGGAUCACCACAGAGCUGAAGCGUUACUCCAUCCCCCAGGCUAUCUUCGCCCAGAGGGUGUUGUGUCGGUCCCAGGGGACACUGUCAGACCUGCUCCGGAACCCCAAGCCCUGGUCCAAGCUCAAGUCCGGCCGGGAGACCUUCCGCCGGAUGUGGAAGUGGCUGCAGGAGCCUGAGUUCACACGCAUGAGCACGCUCAGGCUCGCAGCGUGUAAGCGCAAGGAGCAGGACCAGGGCCACUGUAAAGUUGGUGGUGACCGUGGCGGCAGCGGUGGCAGCAGCGGCGGAAACCACAGCGGCAGCAACCACAGCGGUAAUGGUGGCCACUCCAAGAAGCCUCGGCUGGUGUUUACCGACGUCCAGAGAAGGACCCUCCACGCCAUCUUCAAGGAGAACAAGCGUCCAUCCAAGGAGCUCCAGAUCACCAUCAGCCAGCAGCUGGGCCUGGAGCUGACCACCGUCUCAAAUUUCUUCAUGAACGCACGCCGACGCAGCCUCGACAAGUGGCUCGACGACAACGGAGGCUCCUCCCACUCCGCUAAUUCCUCUGUCUCCACCUGCAGCAAAGCCUGAGGAGGAGGGACUGGAGGAGAGAGCGGGCACAGUUUUGAGUUGAUUUAACUUGGAAAAAAUAAGUUACCACGCUGACUUACAAUUUUGAAUUAUGUCAUCUCAGGUAAUCAAGUGUUGAGUUGACUACAUUUUAUAUUAGAUAUGGUGUUAGAAGUUUUUAGUUAGCGUGGAGACUUAUUUUUUUCUAGUUUGAAGCAGUCAAGAUGUUUUACUGUGUAUGGGGAGACAGACUGACAGACUCAACCUCGGUGGAAAAGCUUUACAAUGUAGAAACCAGGAGAAACUAAGGAAAAUACCUAUAAACAGCGUUUUGACCUUAAAGCCUGUACUAUAACACUGCUAUUUAUAGUGUCCAAAGAAAAAACAAACCAAAGACUUGUUUUGACCUGCUUUAAAAACUCUGUUCUGGCAUUCUACCCAAUCACUGAUCUCACAGCUUUAAUACCUCCCGCCCACUGUCCUUAUCUUUGAUCUGACUGGUCGGGUUGAGGGAGGGCCUCUGGAUGGACUUUUAAUCAGCCUAUCAGCUGUGUGGGUUCUGACCAGUGGACGGAGAUCCUGUGGGAUGGGUCAAUCAGCUUUGAGGAGGAAUCUUACAGGUGCCACUGGAAUGUUCAGUUGCCGUUUGGAUUGGUCAGAGUUUCUGUCCGUCAGGACAAACAGACAUUUGAUUGGUCACAGUUUUCUGUCCGUCAGUAAACCCCAGACACUCCAGGUAGAAGCUGCCAUAAACUGAUCUAGAUUCAGAUUACCUUGCCCCCAAUCCUAUCAGUAACCAUUAGAAGGAUGAAAUAAAUAUUGUUUCUGACCCAUGAUCAGUGAUUAGGGGUGACUUCUACCUCCUUCACUGGAAGAGCAGACAGGGGAGGGGGGAAAUCGCCCCAGUAGGAGCUGCUAACCAUGACCCAUAACCCCUGACCCAUUCCGUAGUGCUUUCUUCCUGUACUGUUGAAACAGUAAAAAUGAAACCAAAGCUUUCUCCACUACAGGGCAGGUAGCCUAGACUGUGUGCAGUUAUAAUACCAAAUCACUUUGACAGAAUCACAGCAAGAAGUACAACCAAAGAAUAAUGUCUUCUAUUUUGUAGCUGAUGUUGUAAAGAGUAUUUUUAAAGACAUGAGUGUGACUGUUAACACUCUCCUCUCCUCCAUCUCUCCUAUCUUCCUCUCUCUCCAUCUCUCAGUGGUGGAAAAGUACCCAAUUGUCAUACUUUAAAAAAGUAAAGAUCCCUUAAUAGAAAAGGAGUUGAGUAAAAAUGAAAGUCACCCAGUAAAAUACUACUUGAGUAAAAGUCUAAAAGUAUUUGGUUUUAAAUAUACCUAAGUAUCAAAAGUAAAUGUAAUUGCUAAAAUAUGUGAAAGUGAAAGUAGAAAUAAUUUCAAAUUCCUUAUAUUGAGCAAACCGGACGGCAUCAUUUCCUUUUAUUUUUUAUGUAUGGAUAGCCAGGGACACGCUGCAACACUCAGACAUCAUUUACAAACGAAGCAUGUGUGUUUUAUGAGUCCACUAAAUCAGAGGGAGUAGGGAUGACCGGGGAUAUUCUUAUUAUAAGUGCGUGGAUUGAACCAUUUUCCUGUCCUGAUAAGCAUUCAAAAUGUAAUGAGUACUUGUGGGUGUCAGGGAAGAUAUAUGGAGUAAAAAGUUCAUUAUUUUCUUUAGGAAUGUAUUGAGGUAAAAGUAAAAGUUGUCAAAAAUAUAAAUAGUAAGGUAAAGUACAGAUACCCAAAAAACGACUUUAGUAGUACUUUAAAGUAUUUUUACUUAAGCACUUUACACCACUACCAUUUCUCCUCCUCUUAUCCUCAUCCAGUAUCUCUUCUCUCCCUCCAUUUCUCUACUCUAUCAUUCCGACUCUCCUCUCCUCCUCUCCAUCCAUCUCACCUCAGUGGGUAUAGAUGGAUGCUAUGCAUGUCAGCACCAGGAAGAAAGCACUACAGUGGCUUGCUUUCCCAAAGUAUGAGUCAAAAAGUGUGGAGUACUGUCUAAGGGCUUGGUUCACUCCUUUGCUCCUCUCCAUGUCUGGGGUACCAGUCUCUGGGCUGGGAGUGGGGGUAUCUCUGCCUCUGUCUGUGGGUUACUGUAGCUCCUCUCCAUGUUAAUGAGUAUUAUAUUAAAUGAAGCAAAGCCAAACGAGAGCUGUAUCCUCAAGUCGAAAAGAAAACAACAAAGAAGAGGAUAAAGAAAUGUCUAAAUGUGUUAAGACCUACUGAUAUUUUAUAGUGUGAACCAAAGAUGCUACCUCACUCAAUUUCCAUUUGUGAUUUCUAUCACUUUGAUGAUACCAAAGAUAACCAAAGAUUUCGUCAUUGCACGGCCGACAUGAGUGAUGUGGAUAGAAGGUUUACUGUAUUUCCUUAUCCUUACCCCCUCCUCUCCUCUCGUCCUCCUCCCCUCCCCCUGCUCUGCUUGGUCUCUCAACAUCUCUGCUCUCUACUUAUAAAGCUACAAGUAGACAUGAUACUGAAGCUGUAGUCUAUGUUACCAAAACAACGAAGAUGUUGACAACACUCUAGACAUACAUAUUAACAAUGUUCUAGAAUGAAAUGUUGACAACGUUCGAGAAUGAUAUGUUGACAAAAUUCUAGAAUGAUGUUGACAAUGUUUUAGACAGAGGUUGACAACGUUCGAGAAUGACAUGUUGACAAGGUUCUAGAAUGUUGACAACAUUGUAGACAGACAUGUCGAAAACGUUCUUGAAUUAUGUUUACAACAUUCUAGAAUGAUAUGUUGACAACAUUGAACUUUCUAAAAUGACAUGUUGACAACAUUCUAUACAGACAUGUUGACAACCUCUCUAAAACUCCCAGGACGAGUGCCUUGCUUGAACCAAAGUGUUAAACCACUGUUGACCUCUCUAUGACCUUUGACCUUUUACUCUUUGAAUACCUCAGCCUGUAGAGACGGGCCACUACUGAAGACUAAAGGAAUAUCUCUCACUCUCUCCUUCCUUAUCGCUCUCUCUCUUUCUCUCGCUCUCUCUCACAAGUGGUGCUUUUGCCAGCUCAACCAUGCAAUGAAAACAUACCAAAGGAAUUUCUGAUCUCCACUCCUGCUGAUAUACCAAAGCUCUUCUUCUGUCUCCCCUGCCCCCCUCCCUCCCACUCUCCUCCAAUCCUCUCUCCUCCCCUUUGAAGGAAGGCCCAGCACUCUGGCCGUGUUUGUCUCUGAAUACCUCAUAGUGAGAACUCUGUGGUUCUGUGGAGAUAUUGUCAAAGUGGAUCAGGCAGAACUAAACUAGUUUGGUAACUAAUGUUGUUAUUGUUACUUCUUUCAAAAAGCUUUAUGGUUCUUAUUUAUUUUGUAUGUUUUUUUGGGCAGAAGUGUUCUGUUCAAGGUCGCGGAGGACAAGUUUCAGGGUCUUGAGGUUUGAAACUUGUCUGGAUGGAGAGAUGAAGUGUACUAUUUUGUUAUCAGACGUUGGGUACUUAUUCCGAUAUUAUAAUGAUGGUAGACUAUUGUUUUUUACAGGGUAAAACCAACAACUGCUGUGAUAAUGUGUUCAUAUGUUUUCCUUUUCUCGUCUUCUGUUGUGGUGAUUUGAUUUGAAUGGAAUUGUGUUUUUGUAUUAUUGCUUAACCACUGCUUUAAUUUAUGCCUUUGUAGAACAUCUAGAUUUGUAUAUAGUAGGUUUUUUGAGAGAAAACAAACAAAAAAAACAACAAAUGAACAUUCAGUUUUGUCUUAGACUUAUAACAUUCUCCUGCUUAGAUCAGAUGAAGGAGUGGGUUUGUGUUCUUCUUCUCGUAUAUCACAGCUCUGUCACUUCAACAUGUGUUCUGAACACUGCCAGAGACCACACCAUUGCCCUGACAACGGGCCGACACACAUCUGACACUACAUCCUAUUUCCUAUGUAGUGCAUUACUUCUGACCAGAACCCUAUGGCUAAUCCAGGAUGUGAUCAGGACAAUAUUGAAAAUCAGGAUUUUGACUAGGGGAUAUGUUCGUUUCAUAUCUUUACUAACCCAAACCCUAUGGCUCUGUUCAAAACUAGUGCACUAUUUAGGGUGUCAUUUCAGAUACAGACAUUCUACAGUUGGUACGUACUUCGCUCAACAGCUGUCAAGAAAGCAGCAGUGUGCAAUGUGUUUUCUAUUCUUUUGACUUUUUAAAUUUUUUAUUUUAUUUUAUGGGUAUUAAUAAUAAUAAUGAGCAUCCAAAGAUUUCUAAAACAAACCAAAAAGUGGAGAAAAAAAAGGAAAAAUAAGUGAAUUAAAACGUUUGAAAAAGCACUGGCAUUUGUGAGUUUAAGAGAUGUUGAGUUUUGAUUUGCCAUUCGCAGCACGGGUAUAGAUGUUAGUAGAAGGCUGUAGGCCGGGGGCUUCUGUAGUCAAGGUUACUCAGCCGUGUAGGGAAUCUCCUGUUUAAAUGUACAAUCUGAAGUGAUGUUUUAAACUAAACCAGGGCUGCAAGUCCUCUCAGUGUUGCUCAACCCAGUCCUCUGGUGCCUGAUUCAUACUAUAGGGCCAAGCCGAGCUGUACUGUGGUGGCCUGGUUACAAAUGUGGGAAUCAGGUAUCGGACCACCAACCAUUUCACAUAUUAGGUCUAUUCCAACACUUGCACUCCUCUUUCAACUAAGUCAAUUAAUCAUGAAGCCCGUGACUAGUUGAAUCAGGUGAGUUAGAGCUGGAAUACAUCAGAUAUAUAAAACAGUUGGUCCCUAAGGACUGUUCUGAGUCACUUUGCUGUCUGACACACAGAGUGAGGUGGGUGGAGUUGGGGGGGUUAGCGGUGGGAUGGAUGGGGUCUGGCGGUGCAGCAGGCCUGCCAGGGGCGGGGUCAGAGAGCUUGUUCUGAACUGCAUCUCAAACUAAAUCCUAUUCCAAAUAUGUGGUGUAGUGCAUUAGGGAGGGAAUAUGGUGUGAUGAAGUGCACUAUAUAGAGAUUAGGGUGUGAUUUGAUACACAUGCCUCUUGUUCAUAAUAAUGUGUCCCUGCCGCCUAGCUCCACACAGUGUCUGUUGUUUGGUGCAAACUCGUGUAAUGACAAUGAGCAAAGUCUAAUAAACCUACAAAGAAAUGUGUGUGUGUAUAUGGGUGGGACAGCACUUAUCUGGUCUCUCUCUGUGUGUGUGUGUGUGUGUGUGUGGUCAGUGAACUCAGUUUAGCAGCUUGAAGCUGUUUAGUGCUCAUCUCAUUUCUCAGUAGUACCAUUCUUACAAUAGGCCCUGUUACAGUGGAUCCUGACACAGUUAAGUGGAGUCUAGAUGUUUUAGCUUUCAGCCCUCUGUUACUUUCUCUUCCAUUCAAUCUCCACAGGCCAUACAGUUCAAUGGGAAUAGCCAUGCAGACGACAGUAGUUACAUUGUAGAACUAGACAGGCUGUGUGUGUGUGUGUGGGUGUGUGUGUAUGCUUGUGUGCGUACAUUUGUCUGUCUGUGUGUCUCUGUGUGCUUCCGUAUAUGUGUGUUACUGUGUCCCUAAUCAGGCUGAGUCUCAUCACAGUACUGCAGCGCCUGAGACAAUCAGACGUUUGGGCAAAUCUGAGGUGGUACCCUAUUCCCUAAAGAAGUAGUGUGCUAAAGGUGGUCAUUUUGAAUGUGAAAACACUAAAACAAUAAAGGGGGGUGAGGACCUCACUGGGGGCAGGGUUGCAAAAAAUUCCCUGGUUUACCUGAAAUCACACGGAAUCUGGAGGAAAUAAAGCAGAAAAUCCAGAAUCCUCCAACCAGGACUUCUGGAAAAACAGGGAAUUUAUUUAAAGUUCCUGGAAUUAUGCAACCUUACUUGGGGCCUCUUCCAGAGAUUAUUCAUAUAUUAUAAAGAGUUCUGGAAGGUUUUGUUGAACAACAAAAAAUACCGAAACCAACUCGCUGACAUUUAUUUCCAAAGAGAACCCAGUAGUUGUUUCUGCAUUUUCCAGUUCACCCUGAGUUGUUCUGGUGUAAACCAGCCAGUGACAGGCGUCCAUUGUUAUUUUUCCCGUCAAUCCUUCCUCUGAAGCCGUGUGUCCUUCAUAUCAAUCAUCAUAGUGUCUAGUUGUGUUUCUGUGUGUGAUGGGCUAGAGGGAUGUUGGGCUAGGUGUAGAGAUGCACAGUUCUUGGCCCAUAUUCAUAAAGUGUCUCAGAGUACGAGUGCUGAUCUAGGGUCAUUUGUUCCCUUUGAAUCCUAGUAAAUAAGUGGGGUCACCUUCUCCUAGAUCAGCACUCCUACUCCAAGACACUGUCCUCAUGGGCCACGGUAUCUCAUAGCUUGGUUGGUUGAAUCAUUUAGGUUCUAAUAUUCUUGGCUUUGCUACUGCUCGCUCAGUUCUGUGCAACAUCAUCUGCUGUGUUUGCUAAACAAAACAAAUUGGAAUUAAAAUAAUAAAGAGAAGCAAGUGAUGAUGUCAUCCAGCCUUUGAUUUUCAGUGUUAAAAUGUAACAUUUUCUGUAGUCACUAAAAAGUAGAAAAUAAACAGUUGGAAUUCCAGCACCUGAA